GAAGCUGAGUGGGGAGGGGAGAGCACGCAUGGGUCUGAUUAUACGAGACAGAGCUGCUGCUAUCUAGGCACUGAGGAUGGUGCUGUGGGUGAGGAGCCUGGGGUGGGUUAUGGAGGGCUCUGGAGACUGUAGAGGUGCCACUGGCUGCUCGAGACUCUGUUCUUGGGCACUUCUGCUUGUGUUCUUCGUGACGUGCAGGAUCAGCAGCCAACAAUCCGUAGGCUUCAGCCUUCACCCUGCCUCCUUCAACCUGGCACAGGGAGCCAAGAUCAGAGCCUCAGCCACCUGCGGGGAGGAGGAGAGCGGCCCCAGGGGAGGGGUGGGCACCGAGCCCAGGAUGGACUUGUAUUGUAAACUGGUGGGAGGACCUGCUGCCACCCCGGGACACACUAUCCAGGGCCAGUUUUGUGAUUUCUGCAACUCUGCAGACCCCAAUAAAGCUCACCCUAUUUCCAAUGCCAUUGAUGGGACAGAACGCUGGUGGCAGAGUCCUCCAUUAUCUUUGGGCUUGGAGUACAAUAAAGUGAAUGUCACCAUAGACCUUGGUCAGCUUUUCCAUGUUGCAUAUGUGCUUAUAAAAUUUGCGAAUUCUCCUCGGCCUGAUCUCUGGGUCUUAGAAAGAUCUGUUGACUUUGGAAGAACCUACUCACCUUGGCAAUAUUUUGCUAAUUCUAAAAUUGACUGCAUAACUCAUUUUAAAAAGGAGGUCAAACAGCCCAUCACAAGAGAUGAUGAUGUCAUUUGUACAACAGAAUAUUCUCGUAUUGUUCCUCUUGAAAAUGGAGAGAUUGUAGUGUCAUUAAUAAAUGGACGACCUGGGGCCAAAUAUUUUAUGGAUUCUCCUGUUCUAAGAGACUUCACUAAAGCGACAAACAUACGGCUACGUUUCCUCCGAACAAACACUCUUCUUGGACAUCUGAUCUCCAAGGCGCAAAAGGACCCUACAGUAACAAGAAGGUACUACUACAGUAUUAAAGACAUCAGUAUUGGAGGGCGCUGUGUUUGUCAUGGCCACGCUGAUACUUGCAAUUUAAGGAAUACUGGCAAUCAGAACCUGUAUGAGUGUAAAUGCCAGCACAAUACAUGUGGAGAGAUCUGUGACCAGUGCUGCCCUGGAUUUAAUCAGAAGAGCUGGCAACCUGCAAGUAUUGACAGUACAAACGAAUGUGAAUCUUGUAAUUGCCAUGGACAUGCCUCAGAUUGUUACUAUGAUGCUGAUGUUGAUUCCCGCAAGGCAAGUCUAGACAUCUAUGGACAGUACCGUGGUGGAGGAGUGUGCAUCAAUUGUCAGCACAAUACAGCUGGUAUUAAUUGUGAGAGAUGUGCAAAGGGAUAUUACCGGCCUUACGGGGUUCCCAAAGAAUCACAUCACGGUUGCAUAACAUGCAGCUGUAGGGCAGACAAGUCAGAUGGAUGUGAGGAAGGAUCAGGUCGGUGCUACUGCAAGCCCAAUUUCAGUGGAAACAACUGUGAACGAUGUGCUGAGGGCUUCUAUAAUUUUCCUGUCUGCACUAGAAUUCCUUUCUAUCCAGGUGUGACUGCAUCUCCAACUGAUGACCCUUCAGCUGGACAUAUUAAAGACUGCAAGUGCAAGGGUCCAGGAACGGUAAAUGAGAUUUGUGACAUGCAGACAGGACACUGCCAUUGUCGUGCUGGAUUUCAGGGUGCAACUUGUGAUAGAUGUUCUGUUGGACACUUUCAUUAUCCCUUCUGCCAAAAAUGUAACUGCCAUCCUGCAGGGGUGGUCCCUGAAGUGUGUGACCCUACAGGGAAAUGCCUGUGCCACUUUAGGGCUGAAGGGGCACAGUGUGACCAGUGCCGCCCAGGCUACCAUUCCUUUCCAAAGUGCGAAGAAUGUAACUGUGACAUGUUUGGUGCUGCUGACCCCUCAUGUGGUGUGAAUGGACAAUGCCGCUGUCGGGCAAACUUUGCUGGUCUAACGUGUAAUAAGUGCGCUCCUGGUUUUUACAGCUACCCCAGCUGCACACCAUGCCAGUGUUCUUCUCAGGGUUCCUACCAAAGCACAUGUGAUCCUGUUACAGGACAGUGCUACUGCCGACCCGAUGUCACUGGGCAGAGAUGUGACAAAUGCGCAUCUGGAGCACAAGAUUUCCCCAGUUGUGAUGGCUUUAGUGGUGAAUGUGAUCCAGCUGGUACACUGCAUAUACAAGAUGGCUACUGUCAGUGUCUACCACGAGUGGAAGGAUUGACUUGCAACCAAUGCAAACCUUUAUACUGGAAUUUAGCUAGAGAAAACCCCAAUGGUUGUGCUGACUGUAUGUGUCAAGUACAAGGAACAAUCAGUGGGAUUGGAGAGUGUCACAAGACAGAGGGAGAUUGUCAUUGCAAACCCAAUGUGUGCAGUGCAGCUUGUGACACAUGCAAGGAGGGGUAUUAUUUACUGGAAGCCCGCAAUUAUUUUGGCUGUAGAGGUUGUCAGUGUGAUGUGGGAGGAGCUGUCAGUCACCUGUGUUCUGAGUCUUCAGGAAGCUGCUCCUGUAGAGAUAACAUUGAGGGUGUGAAGUGUGAUCAACCCAAAUUAAACCACUACUUCCCUGAUCUCUAUCAAAUGAAAUUUGAAAUUGAGGAUGGCACAACACCAUUAGGAAGAGAUGUUCGCUUUGGAUAUGAUCAGGGAGAGUUUCCUGGAUUCAGCUGGAGAGGCUAUGCACCGAUGACUUCCAUCCAAAAUGAAGUAAAACUCUCUGUAAAUGUGGAAAGAUCAAAUCUGAAUGUGUUUCGUAUUAUCCUAAGGUAUAUUAACGGUGAAUUACAUCCAGUAACAGGACGUAUAACUGCCUAUCAGGCCCGCUCAAGCAAAGGUACACUUCAAAGCAAGGAGAUUGUAUUUCCCCCAAGCAAACAGCCAGCAUUUCUUACUGUGCCUGGAAAAAGCUUUGCUGAACCAUUUUCCUUGGCUCCUGGAAACUGGAACAUUAACCUUAUAGUAGAAGGUGUGCUUUUGGAUUACCUAGUGCUGUUGCCUAGUGAUUUCUAUGAAGCAUCCAUAUUGCAGAUGAGAGUCACAGAACCAUGUGCUAAUACUGGACAUAUUGGAGACAAUUGUUUAAUUUACAAACAAUUAACAAUGGAUGCAUUUAAAUGUGUUCUUGGCACUGAACUGAAAUAUAUGCGACGAGAUGGAGUGACCCAACCAAUAACUAUUCGCCAGGCAAACCAUGGACUACCACCAAUGGCAGAUAUUUCAGGAAGGCAGGUAGAUUUGUUCUUGCGGAUGAGUGUGCCUCGUGUUGGCUCCUAUGUCCUCCUUUUGGAGUAUGCCAAUGAAGACGAUCAUCAACAUUUUGCUAAUGUGGGAAUUAGCAAUAUUCUUCUUUCUGAAGCGAGGGUGAACCUGUAUAGUUGUAACUACAGCUUCCUUUGCCGCAGUAUAGUGGUGGAUAACAUGAACCGAAUUGCAGUGUUUGAGUUGAUCUCUGAUGUAGAAAUACACCUAUCAGCUUCAUCCGUCAGCUUUCUGCUGCACAAGGUGUGCAUUGUCCCCACUGAGGAGUUCUUUAUUGAGUAUGCAGAGCCUAAAGUACAUUGUGUUGCUGUAUAUGGUCGAUAUCUCAGUCAAAGGCCUUCAUGUGUUCAGUCCUCACUUUAUGAAAACCCACCAUUGUCUGUAGUGCUGGAUUCUGUUAAACAUGCAAAUGGUGACAGUGGGCAAAUCAACAUUAUACAUAAUUCUGUGAAAGAACCUGGACCUUCUGCUCACUGGGGUAAUGGUGUUUUGCUUAAAUCACCGCAGAGUCAAGUUACUCUGAGUUGGAGAAUACCACAUGCUGGGAGAUACGUGUUUAUUGCACAGUAUUACCAAAAAUUAAGCCCUAUGUUUCCUGUGUCAGUGCAAGUGAAUGGAGGCGCGCAAUGGUCAGGUUCUUUUAAUGCUUCAUUUUGCCCCCAUUUGUUUGGUUGUCGAGAUCUUAUUGUUGCUGGUAAUCGGAUUGCACUUGACAUCACUAAUCCUGACCUCUCUGUGACUGUAGCGGUUCCUCAAAAAAAGUCAUUAAUUUUGGAGUAUAUUCUUUUGGUUCCAGCCGACAGCUACUCACAUGAGCUACUACAGGAGAAACCAUUGGACAAAUCAUAUGAUUUCAUCAACAUUUGUGGUGUAAACAGCUUUUAUAUUGACCCAAUUAAUUCAUCUGGAUUCUGUAGAGCUUCAGCAAGGUCUUUGGUAGCCGCCUAUAAUGAUGGAGCAUUACCAUGUAACUGCCAUUUAGAAGGUGCAACAAAUCCAAUGUGCAAUCCUGUCGGGGGUCAGUGUUCUUGCAGAGCUAAUAUAAUUGGUCGUCGGUGUAGCAGUUGUACUACAGGCUACUAUGGAUUUCCACAUUGUAGACCUUGCAAUUGUGGCCACCGCCUGUGUGAUGAAGUCACAGGAAAAUGCAUAUGUCCGCCUCAGACUCUUAAGCCAAAAUGUGAAGUGUGUGACCAGCAAUCAUUUAGCUACCAUCCUUUAGUUGGCUGUGAAGGAUGUAACUGUUCUACAGUAGGAGUAGUCCAGCCAACUCCUCAGUGUGACGUAACAAGUGGACAAUGCAAGUGUAAGCCAAGGAUAGCGGGGAGACAGUGUGACCGAUGUUCUCCGGGUCACUUUCGUUUCCCUGAUUGCUUUCCCUGUGACUGUAACCCUGAAGGGACUGAACCACAGAUAUGCAAUCCUCAUACAGCCACUUGUCUCUGCAAGGAAAAUGUUAUUGGCCGGAGGUGUGAUGUUUGCCGCAGGGGAUCCUUCCAUUUAGAUUCUAAUAACCCAAGAGGAUGCACACCCUGUUUUUGCUUCGGAGCAACAGAUAUUUGCCAGCCAUCCAAUAAAUACAGAAAGAAGUUUGUAGAUAUGAGGUAUUGGAGCCUUGAGACGCCAGAGCAAGCCAGAGUAGCAGUUAUUUAUAAUCCUGGAAGCAACAGUGUUGUAGCAGAUGUCCAAGAACUGCCACCAUCUGUGCACAAUUUAUACUGGGUAGCACCAGAGUCCUAUUUAGGUGAAAAGAUUUCUUCUUAUGGUGGAUUUCUGACUUACCAGUUGAAAUCUUUUGGCUUACCAAGUGAAGGCAUGGUUCUUUUAGAGAAACACCCAGAUGUCCAGUUAACGGGAAGACAAAUGCCUAUCGUUUAUGUGGAUCCAAACAAUCCGUUACCAGACAGACUGUAUUAUGGACGUGUUCAGCUCAUAGAGGGAAACUUUAGACAUGCAAGUAGUAACAGCAUGGUGUCUAGAGAGGAGCUUAUGAUGAUCCUGUCUAAUCUGGAGAGACUACAUAUUCGAGGCCUGUACUUCACUGAGACUCAGCGCCUCACCCUUGGGGAAGUUGGGUUUGAUGACAUCACAACCUCAGGAAGUGGGGAAAUUGCAUCCCAAGUUGAGAUCUGCUCCUGCCCAUCGGAAUAUGGAGGUGACUCAUGCCAGCAAUGUGCCCCUGGAAACUAUCGGGAUAAUACCGGAUUGUUCUUGGGAAAGUGUGUCCCAUGCACGUGUAAUGGACAUUCCACAAGGUGUCAAGAUGGUUCCGGAAUAUGUAUUAACUGUCAGCAUAACACAGCAGGUGACCAUUGUGAAUUCUGUAAAGAAGGCUAUACUGGGAAUUCAACACUAGGAAACUGCCGCCUGUGCCCAUGUCCUCUUUCGGUACCAUCUAACAGCUUUGCAACAGGAUGUGUUGGAACCGGCAGGAACAUGAGAUGUAUGUGCAAGCCAGGCUAUGCUGGGGUGAGCUGUGAAAGAUGUGCACCAGGGUAUUAUGGAAAUCCAUUAAAGUUUGGAAGUAGCUGUCAGCCCUGCAACUGCGGGAAUAAUGGUCAGCUGAGAAGCUGCGACCCUUUGACUGGAGAAUGCUAUGAUGAGGACCCAAAAGAUACAGAUAUUGACGAGAAUGAUGAUUCUUGUGAUGGUUGUGUUACUUCCCUUUUGAUGGAUCUGUCCAGAGUCGCCGAUGAACUCAACCUUAUUAAGUUCCAGUUCCAGAACUUAAAUGCAAGCAACCUAGCGCUGCAGCAGCUCACAGCUUUGGAAGCACGGAUCAGGGAAGUGAAGCGUCAACAUGACAGCUACAGCAGUAAACUUGCAAGUCAACGUCUUAAAGUGGACAAGAUGGACACAGACACCAAUAACCUGAAACAAGAGAUUAGUGCUCUGCUUGAAAAGGCUAAAAUGAAUGCUAAGAAGUAUGAAACAAUUGCACUGAGUGCCGAGGAAACCUUCCGCAAUAGUAGUCAUCUGCUCCUCACAAUAGAUCUUCUGCUCAAGAACAUUAAAAUCCUUAUUAAAGAUAUUGCAAGUGUUGAAGGGGGCACAGCUUCUGGGGAUCUCGGCAAAAAUAUGGCAGAAGCUCAGCGAAUGUUAAAUGAAAUGCGAAAACGAAACUUUAGCUACCAGAAAAGAGAAGCAACCAAUGAGAAAGAAGAAGCUAAAGCCUUACUGAAUCGUGUAAAGAAUCAGUUUCAGAAGCACCAAGAUCAAAAUAAGAACCUGAUCAGAGAUAUCACCACAUCUAUCAGUGACUAUGAAGCCAAACUGAAUGACCUCCGUGCUGUGUUAAAUGAGGCCAAUGGGCAAAUCAAGCAGGCAAACAACAUAAACACAGACAAUGCAGCAGUUUUACAGGACAUAAAGAACAAGGUUAAAGAUCUUACCAGGCAGCAGAAAGAGGCAACAAGUCGCCUGAAUGCAGCUGAGACCAGCAUGGGACAGACUAACAGUAUGCUAAGCCUGCUGCAGAAGAGUAAAGAGGAAUAUGAGAAGCUUGCUGCCCAGCUGGAUGGAGCCAAACAGGAGCUCAGUGAGAAAGUGAACAUUCUUUCAAAGGCAGCCAGUAAGGAGCCAUUGGUCAUUAUGGCUGAAAAGCAUGCGCAGUCAUUGCAGGAUCUGGCCAAUCAGCUGACUGAAAUCAAGAGAAAUGUUAGCAGUGAGGAUCUGGUGCGCUGCGCUAUGGAUGCUGCAAAUGCUUAUGAUAGUAUCAUCAAUGCAGUGAAAGAGGCUGAUGAGGCUGCAAACAAAGCAAAAGAUGCAGCAGAUUCUGCUCUGGGAAAAGUGGAAAAAGAAGAUUUACCCGGAAAAGCCAAACAAUCAAAGGCUGACUCAGAAGCCCUGUUGGCUCAAGCCAAGGGAACUCAAAAAUCAUUACAAGAUCUAAACCCAGAACUUGAAGACAUAAAAGACAGAUUAGUGGAAGCAAAAGAAAAGAAAGACAAACUGCCUGGGGAACUUGCUUCUGUUGAAAACAGCAUCAAUGGCAUAAAGAGAGAUGAUAUUGAAAAAACGAUCACCAGUGCCAAUGAGUUGGUAGAAAAUGCAAACGCUAUCACUCAAGAUGUUGAGGAUGAAUUAGAUCCCAUUAAAGAUGCUGUUAAGAAUAUAAGUAGUACAAUUGGGACAACACAGAUUGCAGAUUACAAUGAGAAGUUGGAAGAGGCAAGCAAAUCUGUGAAAAAUCUGACAGGAAGUCUCCCCGAUUUGUUUGAUGCAAUAAAUCGCAUUAACAGUUUGAUGCCAUUAGCAAAUAUCUCCGAGAGUGUGAGCCGAGUAAGGGAGCUCAUUCAGCAGGCACGGGAUGCUGCAAAUAAGGUUUUAGUGCCAAUGAGGUUUAAUGGCACGACUGGGGUUGAAGUGCGCCCUCCAACCAACCUUGAAGACUUAAAGGCCUAUACGUAUCUUUCAUUCUUUCUACAAAGACCAUCAUCCCGGACAGAUCGACGGAAGCGCCAGCUGACUCCAAAUAUGUUUGUCAUGUAUCUAGGAAGAAAGGAUGCUACCAAGGAUUACAUUGGUCUUGCGGUGAAGGAUGACAAACUCAUGUGUGUCUAUAACUUGGGAGGGAAUGUGGCUGAAAUAAAUGUGGAGCCAUUUGUAUCUCAGAAUAAUCCAGAUGAAGCCAUUAUGGAUCAUGUUGUGUUAGAAAGAAUCUAUCAAUACCUUACUCUGAAUUAUACUAAAUCAUUCACAUCAACGCGGCCAGACCCUGUUGCUAAGUACACAACAGAUGUCACAAAGAACAUGCUUCUCAACCUUGAUCCAGAUGAAGUUGUCUUUUAUGUUGGCGGGUAUCCAUCGGAUUUCAGGCCUCCAGCAAGAAUGAAUUUCCGGAAUUACAUAGGCUGCAUUGAACUAGAUUCCCUCAACCAAAAUGGAAUCAGCCUGUACAAUUUCAAGAGAACUUUCAACCUCAACACCACCUUAGUGCAGCCAUGCAAAAGAUACAAAGAAGAGUCAGAAAGAAGUUUCUUUGAGGGUACUGGAUAUGCAAGUAUUUCUGCACCUCAAUCCACAGGCAGGACCCUACGUUAUGAACAGACCAUCCGAACUACGACAGAUGAAGGCUUGGUGUUCUUUGCAGAAAAUGGGACCUGCUUUAUCAGCUUAAAUAUUGAGAAUGGUUUCCUCGUGCUGCAAUACAGAAUAGAAUCUGACAAUGUCCACAAGAUAAAGAGUACAAAUGGCCUUGUUAGUGAUGGAAAUGAACACGUGGUUGCAUUGCGUAUUUCAACAAAAGACAAGACAAUACUUGUUCUUAAACAGUCUUCAAUUGCAAUAAAUGCCACUAAUAUGGAUGCCUUUAUAUUCAACACUUACUAUAUGGGCGGAAUCCCAGCAGCCCUUAGAGAGAAGUUUAAAAUCCAAACACCUCCAUUCCGUGGCUGUGUUAAAAAUGUGAAGACACCAACUAGCUCAGCUACAUUUAAUGAAACGUAUGGUGUGAGUCGGAGGUGCUCCGAUGACUGGAAUAUUGUCCGUUCAGCGGAAUUUUCUCGUGGUGGAACUCUUGAACUGAAACCAGAUGGAUUUAAAUUCCCCCAGAACUUUCAAACAUCAUUUGGAUUUCAGACAUCUCAGCCCAGUCCCAUACUGCUUAGCUAUACAACACAGUUCGAUGAAUUAAGGAUCUCUCUAGAUGAAGGGGUUGUGAACGUAAAAACAAAAAAUAACAAGCUGCAAACCAAGGGAAAGUAUCUGGAUGGAAACACUCACUAUGUUUCUCUUAUCAAAGAGGAUGAUGAACUCAGACUGUUGGUAGAUGAAGAACAAGUAACUGAGAUUGUUGGAUCCUCAGGGGCACUAGGCACUUCCAUUGGUGAUAUAAAAUUUGGUGGAAGCAAUUUUGAGGGAUGUAUCUCCGAUGUUUUCAUAGAGAGGAUGGCUAAAACCCCUACUGUUCAAAAUUUGAUUGAUAACACUGGAAAGAGGCAGGUCUCCCUUGGAACAUGCAGCGUUGAGGAGCCUCCGAUGCCCUUGAUACUGAAUGAUUUUAGAAGUUACAGUUUAACGCUGAAUGAGGAUGACAUGAACUUGAUAAACAGCGUCAACAAAGUAAUGAAGAAAAGUCAGAAAGAGUUGCAUGGCUGCAGUGCUUAUGCCAACCUAACAUCAGCUGUGGGAUCUUACCAGUUUGGAGACUCUUCAGCAAGUCACUUGCGAUAUGAGCUCAAUAAGGCGGUGUUGAAAGACAGGUCCCAUUUCUCUCUGGAUGUGCGCACCACUGAAUCAUCAGGGCUUAUUUUCUUGAUGACUGAUGAAGAGGAGACCAGCCACCUUUCACUUCAUAUUUCCAAAGGACGCUAUGUUUUUUCAUUAAGCACUAAAGGAAACAAAUUGAAAAUAAGGAGCCAAGAUAAAUACAAUGAUGGGAAGUGGCACACGGUGAUAUUCAAUUGGGAUGGACUCAGUGGCCGUCUGGUUGUUGAUGGGCUAAAGGCACGCAAAGGAACUUUGACUAAAUAUUUUGGCCUUGAAAGAAUGACGUCUGUCCUUGUGGGUGGAGUCCCAUCACAUAAAAUUCAGUCUGUUCCCAAGAAAAGCUUUUCAGGCUGCCUGAAGAAUUUGAAGCUAAAUGGAUUAGCAUUAGAAGGACCAUCUCACACCUUUGGCGUCACACCAUGUUAUGAUGGAUCUUUUGAAAAAGGAAUAUUCUUUGCACAUGAUGGAGGACAUGUAGUUAUUGAUAAUUCUUACAAUUUGAAUAUGGACUUCGACAUUUCUUUAAAUAUCCGUCCACAAAGCCAAUCUGGAGUCCUGUUUCAUACCGGCAGUAAAGGGCAACAAUUCAGCCUUUAUAUGGAAGCUGGAGAGCUGAUACUGUCUGCAGACAAUGGAUCUGGAGAGGUUCUGGUCUCAGUUACACCACAAAGAGCCCUGUGUGAUGGGAAGUGGCACAUAAUAAAAGCAAGCCUGAAACAAAAUGUUGUGCAGCUGGAAGUAGACAAGCAGUCAAAGCAAUCUGUCAUGCCUAGCUCUUUAACUCACAACAACCCUGACACUCGGUUAUUUAUUGGAGGCCUCCCAGAUGCUUUGGAAGUGCCACGGCUCCCUGUGAAGAGUCCGUUUGUUGGCUGCAUGAAAAACGUGAACGUCGAUAACAAAAUCAUUAACGUCAGUAAAAUCUCUACGUUUUCUGGUGCUAUUAGUUUGAGCAGAUGUCCUGCUGUUUAGCCGAAAUGUGCCGCAUCACGUAUUCAUCCCUAGGUUGUAUACAUCCAAACGGAAACAUGGAUCCCUACUGCUGAGUGGAUGUGUUAUUGUACAAGACUUGACAAUCACAUUGUUGUAAAUUGUAAAACCCAAUUCUGAGGAAAGUCAGAUUUGAAUGAGAAGGUUGUUGGCUAUUUCCGGUUUGUGCAUGGACAGUGCACCUACCUCAGCAAUUACACUUGUCAUUUGACACAGAAAUGGUGCUUGUUUUUAAAGAUUUAUAUGUACAGUAUAUACAGUAUAAUAUCUCAUCUCUGUCUUUCAAACCAUCCAGACUGAAGUAUCAUUUUAAGUAAAAUAAAUAAAGAUCACUUUACUGUGAUUACAUAACCUGA